AUGUCAACCUCGCAGGGCGAUGCACAACAGCCACCACCAGCGUCAGGAAAAGGGAAAAAGGCGCCGCGCAAGCAUGUUACCACAGCAUGUGUACCCUGCCGAGAGAGCAAAAUCAGGUGUGAUGGCGCGACGCCAAAUUGCCUGAACUGCCAGAAAAAAGAGAAAAUAUGCAGAUACCAACUGGGGGAUGAUAAAAGAAAAAUUUCCUUGCGUGCAGCAUCGGAAAUUUUCUCUUCGAGAAUUGACCAGUUGACUCAAUUUAUUCAUGACAAUGGCCUAGAGCCACCUCUAAUGCGACCAGAUGCCGAGCAAGAAAUGAACAGAGUGCUGGAUACCCUCCAGAUACCGCGAGGCGUCAUCAAAGGCAUCGCUUCUCACAGCGCCAUCAACCCACCUAAUCCCACUACCAAUAAAAAUGGGGAUACAGCUGUAUCUAAUCGAUUUCCAGCAGCUGCCGGUAACCUUGUUUCGCCACCUGGACGGUACCCCAAUGUUCACCCUAACCUUUUACCUCCUGCCUUCGACUUUAGUCUUCCCACAGCUGAGUGCCUAGAUGAUCUCUACACUACAAAUCAGUUACACACUACUCCUGAAGCUCUUCACCACCCAGAGUCAGGUGCUUAUACAGGAGCUGAAAGAACGUCAAUGCGCGCACACCAGCAUGAUGAUGAUGAUAAUGAUUCAGAUACUGGAGACGAGGCCGAACGAGAGGUCAUAGAGCAACUAUCACAUCGUAUUGGCACUUUGAAACUGGCCAGCGAUGGACACCUUCGAUUUUAUGGCCCGACCUCGAACCUCAACCUAGUCGAUGUUACAUCUACUUCAACGCAAAGGCCAGGCCCCGACGAGCGCUCGGUCCGCCACGAUGGCCAAGAGCUUCUUAAUCACUUACAUAUUGGGCAGCACGUUGAACAAAGCCUGGAAAACCAUUUGAUAGAACUUUAUUUCACAUGGCAGAAUCCAAGUUUGUACAUUGUUGAGCCAGAGAUGUUCGCGAUUGCGCGUGCUAAAUGGCGGGACGAAUCGGAUGAUACUCCAUUCUACUCGGAGGUUCUUACGAAUGCAAUGUGCGCGCUUGGUGCUGCUUUCGAGGCACGCUAUCAUCCAACGUUCAUAACCUUCCCGAAAUCACUGUCAGAAUUCUUUGCAGACAGGGCGAAAGCUCUUUUGGAGAUAGAACUGGACAGUCCCUGCGUGGCUACAGUACAGGCUCUUGUCAUCCUCAGUAGUCACGAGGCCGCGUCGAAUAGAGACGCCCGUGGAUGGCUCUAUAGUGGAAUUUUAGGAAUGUCCAUGCGACUUGCUUAUGACUUGGGUCUGCAUAUAGAUAUGGCAGCUUAUGUUGAGAAAGGGAGCAUGACUCCCAUGGAGGCAAAUGUCCGAAAGGUCGUCUUUUGGGGAAGCUAUAUCGCAGACCACUUUUGGGGCUUUUAUCUUGGUCGCCCUUUCAGUAUGAAUGCUGGGGAUAUAUCUGUUGCAAAGCCAGCAUCAUCUUUGAAUAAUACCAGAGAGGAUAUAUGGUAUGGUUACGGAAUGGGCGAGCUUCUACCAAGCAGUCUAGAGAAUGGCCUCAGGAAUACCAGCGAGCUUAUCACUCAACAAUUCGUUAAUCUAUGGGAAAUGAUUGCGCCCGUAGGGCAUAUUUUGUACGGCUGUAGUGACAUAGCUAGUCACGACCUGCAACGAAUUACCUAUAAGGUGACGGAGGAUUUGUUUGCAUGGAAGAGAAAUUUAUCUCCUUCGAUGCAAAUUGACCUUGAGCAUGAUUAUGGACCUGCAUUACCUCACCUAUUGAUGUUGCAUAUGCAAUAUCACCAAAUAGUGAUCUUCUUUCAUCGACCAUGGGUGUCUAAAAGCUACAUACAGCCACAGAAUCCAAAACAAGGACCAGGAUAUCAACACGCACGAAGAACAUGUGCCGAAUCGGCGACGGCAAUUGCACGCCUGUUACGACUCUACGAGAAGUAUUAUACAUUCCGACGAAUCAAUAACCAAGUAGUUGCUAUUAUAUUCACUGCCGCAUUGAUGCUGAUAUUCAUCACCAUUUCCAUGUCAUCUCAAGAUACUGGUCGGCUGCACGCAGAGGAAAAAAACAGACUGGCGGACAUGGCGGCACAUUUGAAUGUUUGUUUCCGAGCCUUGGACGAGCUAGGCCAGUCCUUUGAGAAUGCGAAAAGAACUCGGGACUUCCUAGUGAGCUUGCAACGGCGAUGGCAGAAUCAUAUGCGAAAGAAUGGCACGAAAUCGAAAAGAUCAUUCGAGUCGCCUGCUGCAUUUGUUGCCAAAAAUCAACAAUCUGUUCGGGAAGAUGGGGCAUCUGCCAACGCCCCUGAUGAUUCUUCCUCUGCGGCAGGACAGAAAAAGCUGCGAUUAUCACAACCAUCAAUUCUAGAAGACUCGGAUCUCGGUGCAAAUCUUAUAGAUGCGCAUGAUCUGCUGCCGCGAGACGUUGAUUUUGGACAGCUCAGUGGCGGACUGAGCUGGACACCUUCAAGCAGAGAUCUCAAAAUGCUGUCAGAAGGACUUGGCGAUGCACCAUUAUUCUCUACAGCAUCAAUGUCGCCAUCAUCAACAGCGUCCCCUCGGCCACCACUUCCACGAGGCGAUACCAUGACUACACCUCUAACCAGCAGUGGAAACAAUAUGAUUCCCAAUUUGAACGACAUGGCAUCUGCAUGGUGGAAUUGGCCGUCGCCAAAUGGUGUUAAUGGCUCUACUAAUCAAACGGGCGGGACGAAUCCUUGA